GCUCUUGCGUUUCCGGCCAGCUCAGCGCGUCAGCCCUUUGCGGUGUUGUCAGUUUACAGCCCGUCAGACGCUGGUACCAGUUACCUGUAACGCUCGCUGGGCCGCGGAGAAACACACACACACGCACACACACACGCGCGGAGAUGGUGCUGCUGACGAUGAUCGCGCGGCUGGCGGACGGCCUGCCGUUAGCCGCCUCAAUGCAGGAGGACGAGCAGUUGGGUCGGGACCUCCAGCAGUAUCAGAGUCAAGCGAAGCAGCUCUUCAGGAAACUUAAUGAUCAGAGUCCCACACGCUGCACUUUAGAGGCUGGCUCCAUGGCAUUUCACUAUUUCAUAGAGAAGGGCGUGUGCUACCUGGUGCUGUGUGAAGCCAGCUUUGCCAAGAAGCUGGCCUUCGCUUACCUCGAAGACCUGCAGGCAGAGUUUCAUGAGCAGCACGGAAAGAGGGUGCCCACUGUUUCCCGGCCCUACUCCUUCAUCGAGUUUGACACCUACAUCCAAAAAACCAAGAAGUCGUACAUUGACAGCCGAGCGAGGAGGAAUCUGGGCAGCAUCAACACGGAGCUGCAGGACGUCCAGAGGAUCAUGGUGGCGAACAUAGAGGAGGUGCUGCAGAGAGGAGAGGCUCUCUCUGCGCUGGACUCCAAGGCCAGCAACUUGUCCAGCCUGUCGAAGAAGUACCGGAGCGACGCCAAGUACCUGAACACCCGCUCCACCUAUGCCAAGCUGGCGGCCGGUGGUGUGUUUUUCAUCAUGCUCAUUGUCUAUGUACGCUUCUGGUGGCUCUGAGAGAGAGAGAGAGAGAGGGAGAAAAGAGGUAUUGAAAUGAAAGAUGAGCUGUACAGAGAGUCUGCAGACACGCAACAAAAUAACAGGAUGCCUGCUCUUAAGACUUUGCAGACAUACCACCGCCCAUUUCGUUCUCACCUGUCCCCAUGGAUGUGUGAUCCGAAUAUAUAUAUAUAUAUAUAUAUAUAUAUAUAUAUAUAUAUAUAUAUAUAUAUAUAUAUAUAUAUAUAUAUAUAUAUAUAUAUGAUUACAUAAUAUUAUUAACAAUUAUUCCGCAGUGCACUAGUAGACCUCAGUGGAAAUGAGUGAAUGUGUCCGUGUGGGUUGAUUGCUCUGCUUUUGUAGGUGAUUGGUUUCAAAGUGUGGAAAGAAAAUGAAGAGAAACACAAGUUUCCUGUCUUUGCGCGUUUCCAAAGCUCUACUGUGCUGUCACGGGACCGAUUUCAUCUGGCAUCCGGUCUAAUAAUACAGAAAACAAUAACUAUCCUAUCACAUGGGUAUCCGCAUUCAUUAAUAUUAUAAUCACAGUGGUGAUGGCUUGACGGGCCUGGACAACAUCCAGUACGGACCACAGAUACACCGAUUUUUGGGGAAAACACGACAUUUGUUCUUUUAGUUGAAUCGGCUCGACAACAAAAUAGGAAAAGUCAUUUAGGUAUACUGAGUACUUAAAAAAAUAAAUAAAUGUGUUAGUCUUGCAAAAUGCAAAUUCACCCCUGUCAAAUAUAGCCAAUAUUGUUCACCCUUUAUGGGAAUUCAUAAGGGACUGUACAGAAACUAUUAGGGAGUCAGAAAAUGGGGGAGGAGGAUGUAUAUAUUUUUCUUCUUCUUAUUGCCGAAAGGAGGCGUGUCCGACUUUCUUUUUGAAGGUGCUGAAUUUGAAAUUCAGAGCAUUAAUAAUGCAGCAAAGAAUAACGUAAUGGCGCCCAGAGCAGAGAAUGACUCCCCUCUUUUUGUGUGUCGUAAUCCGAGCUUCUCUGUGCUUUGUUUACAUAUCCAGUCUGGCCCCGCGUGUGCGUGUGCACGUGCGUGUGCGCGCCCCACUGGCUAGCUAGUAGCCGCUGCAGUUAACAAUGCCACCCUCUGGUUCCCCCCUCAGGUAAACGCUGUCGGCUCUAUCGGCACAGUUGCCGUCGCCAUGUUGCCAAUUCCUCAAUCACAGAUGGGCUCUGAAUUUUUAAUUGAGCACCUUUUUUUUAUUUUUUAUGUUUGAUUCCAGCCCUCAAAUCAUAUAGUAACACACAUGGUUGUCGUGUUCACAGCGGGUUAUGAAGGUGCCCUUUUCUCAUACGCAGAGAGCAGCAAUCGUCCCUUUUCACAACAGCCGUUUUGACAUGAAAAUACUUGACUGAAUUAAUCAAUAACAGGGCCAUAAUUAAUUUUAUUAAUUACCCUUGUGUUUACCCUGCUAUGUAUGACAUGGCUGCUGUGAUAAAUGUCCUGUCAACUUUUAUUUUAUAUUUUUUCCCCAUCACACUCAACUAGCUAAUAGGAUAAAUUAUGAGAAUCAGAAUAUGGAAAUGUAUGUGUGUACAAUUAAUACUGAUUAAAUGAUCUUGUUACCUCCUUCACUUUCGCCUUCAUCACAACAAAAUAUAAUGUGCCAUAUCAAGUUGGCCAAUAUUAUUAUUAUAUAAGUUAAGCCUACUAAUUAGUAUGUCUUUAUUCUAAAAUAGAGGGUGGCUGGAAUAUUCAUAGGGGAGGGUCCAGAGGAAAUAUGAAUGAUGCUGGAGGAAGCCCUGUUUCUUCAACCCCCCCUCCCUACCCUUUUUUAAAUAACUGUGGUACAGUCCCUAACCUGACCUCAGCAGAGUGUAUCCAUACUCCUUUUAGCCUCUCUUGCACCGUGACUGUGUGGACCAGCACCUUUCUGUAACCAGGCAUACACACAUAUAAGAUGUCUGGUGUGGGGUCCUUUCUUUUUCAUUUUGUACAAAGUGUCAACGUGUAGACUCGAUUUAAAAGUGAAUUCAGGCCGAGAGACACAGGUGCUCUCGGCUGGAAGGGGACGCCUUCUCCUUUUUCUGUUCCGUCUGCUAUAUAUGAAUAAAAAUCAUUUGCACAAAACGCA